CUUUUUCUUUUUUUUUCUUUUUUGUAACAACCAGAAAUAAAAAUAUAAAAAAAGAAAAAGAAACAUAAAAUACGUUUAAAACUGAAUGACACAGUAAAUGGACCCCGAGGAGAUUACCCAAACCUUGGGUCAUCACCAGUUUGAUAUAAAAAGUAAUAAUUUGGAAAGAAGGACGAGCUUGAAACCUAUAGACAAUCGUACUCCACGCCUUGAUGUAAAAUCAUCGAUAUCGACACCUCUCAAACACACAGUGGACGCUCAAGAAAGAAUUCAGUUUUUAAGAGAAAUGGAAAAGACAAGAGAAGAAUUGGCCGAAUUUAAACGAAAUGUGAAUGCGUUGAUUGAACAAAUGGAUGGUAUAUCAAUCGAUUUGGAAUUAUCCAAAGAUAGAGUUUCUGAGAUCGAGCAGGAUUUAACAGCAACAGAAGAAGUGAAUGUGAACCUUCAGGUACUGUUGGAGAAAGCUGUCAAGUCCCAAAAAGAAUCCGAUGUGUGCGCAACACAAACAAUUCGAAACAUGUACACGGAAUUAGCAUCGGUCGUUUACGAAAACAAUCAGUUACAAAGUAGACUUGCGUCACUCGAAAGUCAUCAAAGAGAACAAGUGGGAAAUGUUUAUGAUAUUACGAGAAGAAUGCAAGAAUAUACACACAUGCUUGAGCAGGCUCAAGGGACAAUUCAUAUGCUACAAGAACCAAGACUUAUAAAGAUGUCUUUAUCAUCAACAGCAUCUUCUUCCAGAAGGACCAGUACAGCAUCAUUUACUGAAGACGAUGAUGAAUCAACCACUAGAAAAGAGACACACAUGACAAACAAGACAUACAUUCAAUCGCCACCACUAGGGCCACAACAGUCUUCAUUGCUCAAACCACAACAAGGCUUACGGAUGCUAUUACAGAGUCAAGGAGGAUCUGGCCUUGGAUCAUUAACUAGACGCUAAUAUCAUGCAUAAAAUACAUUCUUUCAUGUACAAUAAUCGAUAUACACGGCAUUAAUUCACUCCUUAUUUAAUAAAUAUUAAAAUUAAGCUUUUUUCAUAAACUUUAUUCAAAAGUUUUUCGCACGCAAUACAAGAUCAAUCAUACUCUUGUUGGUUAUCAAUCUUUUCAGAGACGACACUUAAUACAUAAAAUGUGCUUGGUAUUUUUGAGUAUAAGAUAAA